GUCAUCGUUCACGCCAGUAAUUUAGAUGAGAGAACCAUCAGCCGGUCUUUUCAGCUGAGUCCGUCAGCAGGGCAGUAUCAGCGGGCUGGAAGCAGAGAAACUAUCCUAUACAAUCCUGCAAAAAUGAUUAUCUACAAGGAUAUCCUCACUGGUGACGAGAUGUUCUCGGACGCCUUCAAAAUCAUAGAGCACGACAUGAUGUUCGAAGUUGAAGGAAAGAUGGUUUCGAGAUCGUCGGAUGACAUCGAUGACUCUUGCAUUGGGGGCAAUGCAUCAGCUGAGGUCCUGUCCGAGGGAACACUCACUUCUACAGUCUCCGGAAUUGACAUCGUCCUGAACCACGAUCUUCGUGAGGUUGCCGCCAUGGACAAAAAGACCUACGUCGGGUACAUCAAGAAGUACCUGAAGGCGGUCAAAGGUAAACUGGAGGAGGACAGCCCUCAGAGGGUGGAGCCUUUCAUGGCGUCUGCUGACAAAGAGGUGAAGAAGAUCGUCGAAAACCUCAAGAAUUACCAGUUUUUCAGCGGGGAGUCCAUGGCCCCCCAUGGUGCAGUCGGUCUCCUGGACUUCCGUGAGGAUGGCAUCACACCUUUCAUGUUGUUCUUCAAGGAUGGGCUGGAGAUGGAGAAAUGCUAACUUCUCCAAGCGGUUCCCAUCUGCCGUCCGCUUGUUCCAAGUCUGCCGUGGUGACUCUGGUAGAAUUUUCAUUCCAACAUCAUCUGCCUGGACUACAUGCUCUUUUUAAAAGUGACAUUAUCAAUGUUUAUCACUUUUUUUUUUCCCUCCCCCAAUCUGCCCAGGGGCUCAUCAAGGGUCCUUUGUUGGUAGACCCCGAACAGGAUUUUUUUAAAAGAAGCAAGUGCACUGGAAAAAUCUGCAAGGCUGUGCACGGAGCUCACUUAUUUUGUGACCGAAUAGUGACUUGCAAGACAGUGGCUACUUGCUUUGCUGUGUGUCUGAGUGCAUCAGGUGUACAGAGUUUUUGCCCCCAUCUCCCCGCAUCUGAAAAUCACAGGAUUGUAUAGGAAUUUCUUGGCACCAUUUAUGAAUAAAAAUUUGAACUGCUAGCUAAAGGUAUUUUUCUGGCUGUACUUAUGUAUUCAUAGGUGGCUGGCAUGAACACAGCUCCUACAAAUGACCAUCUAAAAGUACACGAAAUAAAAUGUACCAAAACAUCAA